UCCUUCAUCACCCUUCACACAAACAUAAACAUCGAAGUAAGCUUGUAGCCAACCACCAUGAAGACUAUGUUCAUCCUCGCUCUCAUUGCCCUCGCGGCGACCAGCGUCGUUGCGCAGCUGGACACUACAUGCAGCCAGGGCUAUGGGCAAUGCCAGCAGCAGCCGCAGCAGCAGGUGAACACAUGCUCUGCCCUCCUGCAGCAGUGUAGCCCGACACCAUAUGUCCAGUCACAGAUGUGGCAGGCAAGCGGUUGCCAGUUGAUGCGGCAACAGUGCUGCCAGCCGCUGGCCCAGAUCUCAGAGCAGGCUCGGUGCCAGGCUGUCUGCAGCUUGGCCCAGGUCAUCAUGCGACAGCAGCAAGGGCAAAGUUUCGGUCAGCCUCAGCAACAAGUGCAAAGUUUCAGCCAGCCUCAGCACCAGGUUCCGAUUGAGAUAACGAGGAUGGUGCUCCAGACCCUUCCAUCGAUGUGCAACGUGAACAUCCCGCAAUAUUGCACCACCACCCCAUGCAGGACCAUCACUCAGACCCCCUACAACAUCCCUAUGACCGCUACCUGUGUUGGUGGUACCUGCUAAGAUCUGUGCUGCGCUAACUAGAUCGAUCGCCAUUUAGUUUAGAUGAUGGAUGAAGGGUGAAAAAUAAAGUAAAAGUGCCAUAUAUCAUCAUAUGUGGCCAGUACUGAUGCGACAUAGAAAUAAGAAACCUUUGUUUCUCAAUAAAGCUUUUGUCUGAAUAAAAUUGCAUGUUUUGCAUGA